AUGAAAGAUCUUGUAUUCCAAGCUAAAAGCCCCAGGGCCGCGUCCGAGCCGGGCCCACUCGAAAGGACGUCCACGGCCGUCCGCGAGGGCCGCGGCCCGGGAAGGGACCCGCACACCUUCCAACUGAGUCGGGCGAGGGUGGGAGGGAGAGGCAGAAGGGGCGGGCCAGAGAGGACGCGGGCGCUGGCCUGGCCCUGCCCUAGGGACCCGCGAGCCCGGGCGAGCGUCCUAGGCGCAGGCGAGGAGCAGCCUCCAGCCCGGGUCAGCAGCGCGCGGACUCGCAAGGAGCCGCGGCUCCCGCCUCGAGGACGUUCGUCGGCAGCGUCUGGGGACGGGUGUCUGAGGGAGAGCCGCUGGACGCCGCGGAGGCUCCCGUCCAGCUCUCAGGGGCAAGGCCCUGAUGGCAGAGUCAGACCUCCCCCGACCCACCCCGCCCCGGUCGCCCAGGGCUCUCAGCCCCGCGCCUGCGCCCGCAGAGCGUUUCUCCCGGGACAGAGAAGGGGCCGGUGGCGGACAAGUGGGGCGCAGGCCGUAUUUGACCCACUUCCCCGAGUCUGCCUCGAGGUUGACCAGCGGCUAGUGGUCGCUGGCGACCCGCCUGCGCUCUCAAGCCCACCUCCCGUGCAGAGAGGCGACCCGACCCCGCCUGGGCAGGUGUCCCGGGGUCUCGCCGUCGCGCCAGGCUCGCCGGGAGGCGUCGGGCCGAGGCGCGGCAGGUCUGGCGUCAGCCGCGGGCGGCGCGUGGGCGCUACCCGGGUCACGUGCCCGGGGGCCAAGGCUGAGAGCCCUCCGGCUGACCUGCCCCUUAGUCCUACGGCGCGGCGGGUGGAAGGCGCCUAA